UAUCUCUAUCUAGAUACAUUUGAGUUGCAUUAUUUUUAUCUUUAUCUAGAUAAAAAAAUACUUAUCUAAUCCGAACAAUUGUUGUUAAGUGUCGUAAAGCCACAGUUGCACGCGCGAUUACGUUAUAGUGUGCGAAUUCCUCAUUACCUAAUGCGCUAAAAACAAUAAUGUUUUCCGAAAAUUUCGCUUUUGCCGGUCGUUGGUGAUUACGGUGGGCUCUUAAUGUCCUCUACUACGACCAUUUGCAAACGACGAUACCCGUAGACGUCUGCUAUAUAAGCCCAGGACGCCAAUCGAAAAGGCACAUCACUCAUUCAGUCGUCUUUUCGAACACACGCACCUGAACAAGUCUCCGCAGUCAAACAUACUCGACUUCACUCGACAUCACUCGACGAACACUCGAAAAACCUUCCACACUUUCAUAAAACUUCAACAACAACAACAACAACAACAACAUGUACAAGUACACAGUCAUGACCGCAGCGGUGAUUGUUGUAUUGGCUUCUCUGGCCAGCUCCAUUCCGGCCACUUCCGCCCAGACAGCAGCCAACAAAAUCGACAUGAUGCCAUCCUCAGCCACAUCCAUUCACAGCCAUCAUGUCAAGCCAGAGCACCAUUCAAUGUUCGCGUCCGGUGGCCAGGGAGUUGGUGGAUCGGUGGUCUUAUUGGGAGCUGUGGCCGCGGCCGGCGCUGCCGGUAUCGCCGCCGUCGUGGCUUUGGUGAGCGCCAUACUCCCGUACUUCCGUUUUUUCUUCGGCGGUCACAAGGGCAAGGCAUCUGACUCCGACAUGGAAAACAUCAGUGAAUUCGUUUUGGGCGCAUUCAACAAGUACGACAGCCAGCACAAGGCGUGAUGACGCGACUCGUCGCUACAAUACUAUAAUAUCAUAUAAUUAACCGUUCGAUUUUAUUUAUUGUACAUUUCACACAGCGUUGAUAAUGGCUUACCUAUAUUUAUAUUAUUUAUAUAUUA